AUGACAAGUAAUGACGAGAUCCAUGCAUAUCUAGGAUCAUUAGAGACUGUAUACCAUCGUGAGCUUUCCUCUUACCCUGAUGGUAAAGUCUUAACGUUACCAUUAGUGUAUUUACCAGAUAUUGUUUUAUUCCCUGGUGACGAUUUACCACUUCGAAUGCUUUCGGACUCGGUCUCAUUUCGCAGUUUUCGAGACUUGCUGUCAAGUGGUGAAGCGCUAUUGGCUGUAUUACCUCCUCACCAGACUGGACCACAGCUUGGGGUCACAGUUCGAGUUGAGAGGUUCAGUGUAGAAGACGAUGGCGUGAGGAUGGCUGGUGGUGCAAGGCAGCGUUUUCGUCUUAGACAAAGACUACGAGAAGAGUCUGAUGCUGAGCUUUUUUUGUGGGGAGAAGUGGAGAUCUUGGCCGAGGACAGAGCACAGUCAAUUCCAUUUGACGACUUGUGCUGGCGGUCGAGAGUCGAAGGUCAAAGCAACGAGAAAAACAAGACGAGAAAUCUACGGAGAAUACGUGGACGACAGUUUCCAGCAUACUGGGGAUACGCUACUUACGCUUUGUACGAUGCCCGUGUACUGGUGCAAAAGAUUCAAAGCAUGUUGCUAUCAAACAUUCACGGCGAGUGGUUCCAUAAACCACGCACGGAACGAUCAAGUGGGCAAAACGAUGACGAUGAACGUGAUGAGAAAGCGUCCUUGGUACACUAUUUGGCGGUGCCAAGCGAUAUACAAGACCCAAACCUUUUCGCGUUCUGGGUUGCUCGCAACUUGCCAUUAGACACAACACAGCGACUGGACCUUUUGAGAAUGAACUCUACUGUCCGAUUAUUACGUCGAGAGAUUGAGCUGCUGGAACAGACUCAGGAAGAUAUUUUCUGUUUCCUGUGCGGUUCUUUUCUUGCAAACACUCGUGAUAUAUUUAGUAUGACGGCAUGUGGUGCAGCGGGAGGUACUUACGUCAAUCCAGGAGGUCAUGUGUUUCAAGUGUUGACAUUACGCGAUGUGGACCGUGCAAAUGUGGUAGUGGACAUGAAUCGUAGUACAGAGGACACGUGGUUUGCAGGCUAUGUAUGGAGUAUCACACAUUGCAAUUCGUGUUACCAACAUCUCGGCUGGCGUUUUGACCGAGUGGAUUUUACACGCUUGCCUGCUACAUUUUUCGGAUUUCGACGAGCAGCGCUCACUCGAUCCCGAAGUCCUCGGUAA